AUCAUGGCGCCCGUAUGUGCUAAAUGUAAGAAGUCAGUUGCGACUGCGUCUGUCGAGUGCGAUUGCAAGAGAGUGUUUCACCCAGGUUGCGUUAAGGCCUAUUCUCUUGCAAAAUAUGCCGAUGCAUGUUGCAAAUCAUUAACUUCUUCAUUGUGUUUACCUCCUACUCCUUCUGAGGAUAUUUUUGCACGGCCUAUUGAUUCCGAUACUGCCAGCUCAGUAACUCCUGGGUGUGCUGGUGCUCUGUUGCAGUCGCAAUCGCGAGAAGACAUUAAUGCCGAUACUGCGACUAACAGACUUUUGCGUCAAUUAAUUGACCAAUUAAAACAAUCUGAAGCGAGAUUUUCAGCUUUUGCUGAAGAACAGCGGCGCACCAAUAGUGUACUCAAUGACAAACUAAAUUAUCUAAAUAGUUUAGCGUGUAGUGUUGAGCGAAAUGGUCAGCGCAUAGAUGCGUUGGAACAGCAAUGUGCUGCCCUCGAAAGUGCAGUCCGCGAUUUUAAGGGCGAUUGUAAGCUUUCUCUUCCUGCCUCGUGCAGUCCUACUGAAGAUGCUCUUAUCCUUUCCGGGGUUCCUGCUGCGAUGUCUAUCUCUCCUUCUGAGUGCGCUCGAAACAUAUUUACGGCCUUGGGAAUUCCUGAUCUGUCCUGUCAUAUUCUCAAGGUUAGAUCUGUUACUCGCAGGAAUCAAUCCGGGGCUGUCCGAGAUCCACCCGGGCCAAUCUCAUCCACUAAAUCUCUUAUUAUCACUGUAGCCUCAAGUGCCGUCCGUGACUUAGUUAUAGCUAAAAAGCGAGAACGAGGUACGCUUACUCAGAGGGAAAUUUGCUGUAAUGAUUCUAGCAGGAGUGUGCAUGUCAAUGAGCUUCUACCAAGGGACACUUAUGAGCUCCUUCAAAAGACUAAGCAAGUUGCCAAAGCUAAUUCAUAUACAUAUGUCUGGGUAAAGAAUGGUCGUAUUCACGUCAGGCAUUCUGAUGGCAAACCCAUCAUCUAUAUUAACUCAGAGAGUGACCUUGGUGGGCUCAUUUGACCUGCUAAUCUUGCUUCGUCCUCGUCUCCCGUUGCGCGCGGUUAUUCAACUCUCAACUCGUCUUUCCGUGUAGCUCAAUUUAAUGCCAAUUCCUUGCGUGGACACAUCGACUUCAUCAGACUGCACUUUAAUACCAUCCCAUAUCAUGUUAUCUCAGUCUCUGAGACUUGGCUCCAUGCCGGUGUCUCUGAUGACCUUGUUGCGUUGGAUGGCUAUUUUUUAAUUAGAAAUGAUCGUGUCGGAAACAUUGGUGGAGGUGUUGCUUGUUACCUCCACAAAUCAUUACGAGCUACCAUCGUUGCUGCGUCGUCGGGUGGCCAAUUAAAUGACCCUGAAUACUUAAUAAUUGAUAUUCGCUUACCGCUUAAUGAAUCGAUACUAUUCGCGUCUAUUUACAGAAGACCGAAGGGCAACCUUCUUCAAGAUUUUGUUAGGUCGUUAACUAGCGUCUCUCACCUUUAUAAAAACAUAAUUAUUGGCGGUGACCUUAACUGUAAUCUGUUAUCUAACCAGUACGAAGCGACUUAUUUGCGUCAACUUAUGUUUAGUCUCUCACUGUAUAUCAUUCCAUCAGAUGCCACUCAUCACACUGCUACUUCUAACUCAUGUCUCGAUGUCCUGAUAGUGGAUGAUAGUGAUAAGGUUUUAUCUUUUGCUAAAUCAUCCAGCCCUUUCAUUGCUGGUCAUGAUCUUCUCUCUCUUUCGCUGUCACUCUUUUCUCCUAUUAAUACUGAACGUUCCUAUACUCGACGAUGUUUUAGAAACAUUAAUGUCACUGAGUUUUGUGAAUUCCUUUCUAUUAGUGUUAAUAAUGCCAAUUGUACUCGUACUAAUUUGUCUAGGGAAGCUUAUGUGCAAGAAUCUAGUACCUUACUUUCCUGUACUUUACGUGCUGCACUAGAUGUGUUCGCGCCUACCCGUUCUUUUGUCUCCAGGGGGCCACCUUUACGAUGGCUUACUGAAGAACUUAAGUCUCGUCUUCGCGUUCGCAACGUUCGCGUUAUUUAAGCAGGCUAAACGUUCCAAUAGCUUGCUUGGCUUUCUUAGGUACAGACUCUUUAGGAACCAGCUUAAUCUUGAUAUCAAGCGUGCUAAGAGUGAGUUUUUUCUUGGUUCUUUAAAUAACAUUACCGAACCUGCCAAAUUAUGGCGAGAGCUAGCUCGCCUUGGUCUCGUUAAAUCCACCUUGGUCUCUCCUCUUCACUUUUUUUCCUUGUCUCAAUUAAAUUCUUAUUACACCUCUGUCUCCUCAGCCGUACCUUUGUGUUUUUCCGAUUUUAUAUCAGCUAUCUCCUGCAUCACCUGUCCUCCUUGUCAGUCUGAGUUUGUAUUCUCUCUGGUUACACCUAAUUCUAUCUAUAAACUUAUAACUGCUCACCCCCUUCACUCGUAUGCUUCCGGCGCUGAUGGUAUCCCCCUUUUUAUUUUACGUAUUGCUUGGCCUUGUAUAUCUUCCUGGCUUACCGAUCUCUUUAAUAAUUCACUAAAGCUCUCCUCAUUUCCUUCUGAGUGGAAGAAUGCUCUAAUACGCCCUCUAUCAAAAAUUCGUAAACCUCUGUCUCCGUCUGACACGCGACCAAUUGCUAAUUUGCCUGAACUAUCUAAAACUCUUGAAAGGAUUGUCGCUGAUCAGAUAGUUGAUUAUCUAAACUCAAACAAUAUACUUGACCCCAGGCAGUCUGCGUAUCGUUCUGGCUUUAACACUCAAUCUGCUCUUCUUCGUAUAUGUAAUGAUGUCAGGGCAGGAAUAGAUGGUGGACUUAUUACUAUUAUGGUAUUAUUCGAUUUCAGUAAGGCGUUCGACACUGUCCCGCAUCUUUAUCUUCUUAUCAAACUCAAAAAACUUGGCUUCUCCGAUUCUGUGGUCACUUGGUUUUACUCUUACUUAACAUGCCGUUCUCAAGCUGUAAUUGAUGAUGAAGGAAAUCGUUCUGAAUGGCUUCACACUUCCCUUGGUGUUCCUCAAGGCUCGGUGCUUGGACCACUUUUAUUCUUGCUUUUCAUUAAUGAUAUUAGCAAUGUCCUGUCUUUCACCAGCCAUAUGCUCUUUGCCGACGAUCUGCAAAUUUAUUUGUCCUGCCCUCCAGCAGACAUUCUCCGUGGUCUUGAAUUGAUCUCAAGGGAUGUGAAUGCCAUAUUUGAUUACACUAUUGUCAAUGGUCUUAGACUUAAUCUUACUAAGUCUAAGGCCAUUAUCCUUGGCAGCCAAAAACAUGUUAAUUGCAUCGACACCUCUCUUCUUCCUCCGAUUAUCGUUGACUGUACGCCUUUGCUUUUUGUGAGUGAAGUGAGAAAUCUGGGCGUUAUUUUCACGUCUAACCUGUCAUGGCAUAAACACAUCAUACAAGUUUCAAAGAACGUUCACCAUGCUCUGUAUAAAUUAAAAUUUAACCGAAACUCUCUCUCUACCGAACUUAGAAUUAAACUGGUCAAUACUUUGAUCCAGCCACAUAUUGAUUACUGUUGCCUUGUCUAUCAUGGAUUGAGUAAAGAACUUAAUACUAAGCUGCAACGACUAGUCAACUGCUGUAUAAGAUUCAUUUUUAAUCUUAAGCGAGAUGAACAUAUUACGCCGUUUAGACAUCGUCUUGAAUGGCUUUCGGUUGAAAACAGGAGACUAUACUUUCUAGGCUGUCUAACUUAUCGGAUUCUCCACUUGCACGCUCCGUCUUACUUAUGUGAACUAUUUACCCCUCCUGAUCCUUCAGUUAGAAAAUCAGAUCGCACAACUUCUUUGUCUCAUGUUUUUCAUAUUCCUCUUCAUAGAACUACCACUUACAGAAAUUCCUUUCAUCUCUCCGCGGUUUAUUUUUGGCACUCUCUCCCUGCUAACAUUGUAUCUGCUCCUUCGCUUGACUCUUUCAAGACCCUUCUUCGCUCAUUUCUGCGGGCAUCUGAGUUAGCAUGAUUUUUCAAUCUUGUAUUGUCUGUCUUGCUUUCUGUCAUUCUCAUCGUCUCCCUUAAUUCUCAGCUUUAGCACUUUACUUGUAUAGUUAAUAUUAAGAUUUAGAUUAGUCAUAUAGUUAUACUUAUAUCAAUGCGAUUUUUCAUUAUGUUAGCUAUUUUUGCGUAUAUUUUGUUUCAAAAGUGUAUUCUAUUUUGUGUUAUCAUACUUUGCCCUAUAGCCUAUGCUCGGGCAUAAUAAAUAUAUCUAUCUA